CCUUGUGUGCGUCGGGACAGCUGCAGCCGGGCCGGGGCUCGCCUGGAAUGCAGGCGCGGGCUGCGCACCGGGACUUUUAUGGAAACUUGCAGAGCCCGACGCUGGAGCCUCAGCCACGGCAGUAGCAGCGACGCUCUCCAGCUUCUCUCACGCCCACCCAGCCUCUGGGAUUAACUGGACGCGAGCAGCGGAGCGGACGGGGGCUCUCAGGUAAAGCCUGAAAACGUACAUUUUCUACACAUCUGGUGCUGGAUCCCAGAAAGUAGCCAUGAAUGACAUUGCACAGAAGGCAGAGAUUAUCCUUUCUUCGUCUAAACCUGUCUCAAAGUCCUAUGUGCCCAAACUUCGAAAGGGUGAUGUAAAGGAUAAAUUUGAAGCCAUGCAGAAAGCAAGGGAAGAAAGAAAUCAAAGACGAUCUAGAGAUGAAAAGCAAAGAAGAAAAGAACAAUAUGUUAGAGAGAGAGAAUGGAACAGGCGAAAACAGGAGAUGAAAGAACUACUUGCUUCUGAUGAUGAUGAAGAAACACAGUCUUCUAAGGUGGAGAAAGCUUACGUUCCAAAACUGUCAGGAACUGUCAAAGGAAAGUUUGCUGAAAUGGAAAAGCAAAGGCAAGAGGAAGAAAGAAAAAGAAUGGAAGAAGAAAGACAACGAAGGAUUGAACAAGACAUGAUAGAGAAGAGGAAAAUUCAGAGAGAACUGGCAAAGAGGGCACAAGAGAUCGAUGAACAAUUUAACAAUUCGGGAACUGACUCAACAUCAGAGGAAGGCGAUGAUUCAUUGCUAGUAACUGUAGUUCCUGUAAAACAUACCAAAUCACCUGGGAAGAUGAAAAUAAGUUUUGAGGACCUAGAAAAAGAGAGGGAAGAACAAGAAAGGCAAAAACAUGAAGAAGAAAAACGACUGAGAUAUGAGCAGGAAAAGCAAGCUCUCAAGGAAGUGAAAUAUUUUUCACCAGUUGUGGAAGAUGAUGAAAGCAAAGACAGUGAAAGAAAAGAAUCUCCCUCUCCUGGAAAAGUGAAAUUAACAUUUGAAGAACUAGAAAGACAAAGACAGGAAAAUCAGAGAAAGCAUGCAGAAGAGGAGGCAAGGCAACGCUUAGAAGAGGAAAAACGUGCCUUUGAGGAAGCAAGGCAGCAAAUGAUGAAUGUAGAUGGUGAUGAUACAGAGAGUGAAAAUUCUAUCAAGGAGUUGCAUCCUGGGAAACUGAUACUUGGCUUUGAGGAAUUAGAAAGGCAGAGGCAAGAAGAAGAAAGAAGAAGAACGGAAGAGGAGGCCAGAAGGCGUAUAGAAGAGGAGAAAAAAGCAUUUGCUGAAGCAAGAAAAAGCAUGAUUCCAGACGAUGCAUCUUCACAGAUAUCUGAAACUUUAUCUCAAGAAUCUCUUACACCUGGAAAACUGGAAAUAAACUUUGAAGAGUUACUGAGGCAGAAAAUGGAAGAAGAAAAGAGACGCACAGAAGAAGAACGUAGACAAAAACUGGAAAUAGAAAAGCAAGAGUUUGAGCAGCUUAGACAAGAAAUGGGAGAGGAGGAGGAAGAGUGUGAAACCUUUGAGUUAAGCAGGGAAUAUGAGGAACUAAUAAGAUUAAAAAGAAGUGGCUCCAUUCAAGCAAAGAAUUUGAAAAAAAAGUUUGAAAAAAUUGGUCAAUUGUCUGAAGAAGAAAUACAGAAAAAAAUUGAGGAGGAAAGAGCAAAGAGGAAAGCUAUGGACCAGGAAAUAAAAGAAAGGGAAGCGGAGAAAUUUCAAGAGGAAGAUGAAGUAGAUGUGAAGCCAGCCACAAAAUCUGAAGCUCCAUUUACACACAAGGUCAACAUGAAAGCUCGAUUUGAAAAAAUGGCAAAGGCAAGAGAGGAAGAGGAACAGAGGAGAAUUGAAGAACAGAAACUUUUACGGAUGCAAUUUGAACAGAAAGAAAUUGAUGCAGCAUUACAAAAGAAAAAAGAAGAAGAGGAAGACGAUGAUGGGAGCACUGUUAAUGGCUCAGUUUAUGAAGAUGAGGAGCAGCAAGCAAGGUCUGGAGCCCCAUGGUUCAAGAAGCCUCUUAAAAAUGUGUCAGUUGUGGAUGGUGAACCAGUAAGAUUUACUGUCAAAAUAACUGGAGAACCCAAACCAGAAAUUACAUGGUGGUUUGAAGGGGAAAUGUUGCAGGACUGUGAGGACUAUCAAUACAUUGAGAGAGGAGAAACCUACUGUCUUUACUUACCAGAAACUUUCCCAGAAGAUGAAGGAGAAUAUAUGUGUAAAGCAGUAAACAGCAGAGGAACAGCAGCUAGCACCUGUAUUCUCACCAUUGAAACUGAUGACUAUUAAUAGCCUUUUCUGGAGCCUUCCUUCUCUAAAUUUAUUGCAUUUAUUUCUUUCUCUCUGUGGUGGGGCCAACAAGAAAAAUGUCUGUCAUUCCUGAAACAAGAUACCCAAUUGCCUGUUUUAAGCUUCUGUAUUUCAGACUUAUUUGACAAGUUUUGUAACCUGAAGCAUAAUGGCUCAACCCCACCCCACCCCUUACUAAUGUGUUGCUUCACACAAUCAAGGCUAUUCCCGACAGGCUUCAUGUGAUACAGCCUACUUAGUCAUUAUACUAGUCUUCAUGAUUUCAGAAUAAAAACAGUGUAGUGAAAAACAAGUGCACGGUGAACUGCUUCACACAAGUAGUCUUCUGCCUGGAAGAGCCUCUGGAUUUUUGGCAUUGCAGUUUUCAUGCCAUGGUUUGCACAUGUGAAAUUAGGGCAAAGACACAGGGAAAAGCAAAACCGUGUUGUUCCCACAAAGACCAAUUAAUUAUUCUACAUUAAUAUUGCCCUCAAUUUCUUUGAUCUGGAAACUGUUAGUGCGGAAAAAAUGUUUAGUAAAAUUUAGUAGCCAAUUUUUAGUCAUUUAUUUAAUUGGUUUCUUGUUUAAUGGAAUAUUUUCCUUUUAAUCUGCUUGAAUAACAUAAAAUUAAAAU